AUGAAACUCACGCCCGGCGCCAAUGAGUCGUAUCCGUCAAUGUUGGUGCCCCGCGUCUGGGCUAAUCCGCGCAGAUUCAAUUUCGACAACAUCGGUGAUGCGAUGCUGACGUUAUUCGAAGUGCUCUCCUUCAAGGGUUGGUUGGAUGUGCGAGACGUGUUGAUUAAAGCUGUUGGACCGAUACAUGCCAUCUAUAUACACAUCUAUAUUUUCUUGGGUUGCAUGAUUGGACUGACCUUGUUUGUGGGUGUGGUGAUCGCUAACUACUCGGAGAACAAAGGUACCGCUCUCUUGACAGUCGAUCAGCGUCGUUGGUGCGAUCUGAAGAAGCGUUUGAAAAUUGCGCAACCUCUGCAUUUACCACCGCGUCCUGAUGGCAGAAAGUUCCGUGCAUUUACCUAUGAUAUAACGCAGAAUAUAAUUUUCAAGCGUAUUAUAGCGGUAGUGGUGCUGAUCAAUAGCAUGUUGCUAUCUAUUACGUGGAUCAAGGGUGAAGUGCAUACUGAACGUUUAGUGAUCGUCAGCGCUGUGCUGAAUUUCGUGUUUGUCAUUGAAGUGGUUAUGAAGAAUAUAGCGUUCACUCCACGCGGCUACUGGCAAUCGCGACGAAAUCGCUAUGACCUACUGGUCACAGUGGCUGGCGUUGUUUGGAUAUUCUUGCAAACUAUAUUAAGGAAUGAUCUGUCAUAUUUCUUCGGUUUUAUGGUGGUAAUUUUACGUUUCUUCACCAUUACUGGCAAACACACCACACUCAAAAUGCUUAUGCUAACAGUGGGCGUGUCCGUUUGCAAAUCAUUUUUCAUCAUAUUCGGCAUGUUUUUGCUGGUGUUCUUCUAUGCUUUAGCUGGCACUAUCCUCUUCGGUACUGUCAAGUAUGGUGAGGGUAUUGGAAGGCGUGCAAAUUUCGGUUCACCCGUCACAGGAGUGGCUAUGUUGUUUCGCAUUGUUACCGGAGAGGAUUGGAAUAAGAUUAUGCAUGACUGCAUGGUGCAGCCGCCAUAUUGUACACCGGGAAACAAUUACUGGGAAACCGAUUGUGGCAAUUUUACCGCCAGUUUAGUUUACUUCUGCACGUUCUACGUCAUAAUUACCUAUAUUGUGCUAAAUUUGCUAGUGGCUAUUAUCAUGGAGAACUUUUCAUUGUUCUAUUCAAAUGAGGAGGAUGCGCUGCUUUCCUAUGCUGACAUACGCAAUUUUCAGAACACAUGGAAUAUAGUGGAUAUACAUCAACGUGGCGUCAUACCGGUACGACGUGUAAAAUUUAUACUGCGUCUCUUAAAAGGACGACUGGAGUGUGAUCCACAAAAGGACCGAUUGCUUUUCAAGUACAUGUGCUAUGAGCUGGACAAGCUGCAUAAUGGCGAAGAUGUGACAUUUCACGAUGUAAUCAACAUGUUAUCCUAUCGCUCAGUGGACAUACGUAAGGCCUUACAGCUAGAGGAGUUACUGGCACGCGAAGAAUUCGAAUAUUUAGUUGAGGAAGAGGUGGCUAAGAUGACGAUACGCACAUGGUUGGAGGGUUGUUUGAAAAAGAUACGCGCACAAAAUGCAAGUAAGCAACAAAAUUCUCUCAUAGCCGGUUUGCGCGCCACUAAUGAACAGCUUAUGCUGCUUAAGGCUCCCGAAGAUAAAACACCCACCACCGGUGGGGAAAAACCACCUGGCAGCGCCACUGCACCUUGCCCACCUACCAGUGAUGCUUUUUCGCCCACCUUCAGUUCAACCGAGAACGAAGAGAAGGAUGCCAGCGGCAGUGCCGCCAUUUCAAGUACCGCCGAUGCACAUGGCGUACAACGUGUCAUAAGUGCCACCAAGCGUGCCUAUGCGCUAAAUCGCUCCGAUUCGACGGGUAGUUCAGCUGGUCGCAAAUACUUGGCACCCACCACAUCCGAUCCACAACAACGCAGCACACUUACCGACAAGGAGCGCUUGCAUAUUAGUAGCCAGCAGAAGAAGAAAAAUUCAAUGACUGCAGUGCCCACACUGCCACCCGUUGUGGCAGCGAGCGGUGCUGUAAUUAAACGCGAUAUAAAUCGCACAUCGGGUUAUUUUGCUUCGACCAAUAGCGAUGGCAGUCAAUUUCAUUAUCCACCGAAUGUGACGAAUCACUAUGGAGAACAACAUGGACCGCUGGGUAGUCCGUCGGCAAUUAUGGGGCACAUAAUUGCGGGUAGUAAACUAUUACCUUUCAACAAUCAAGCAAAUGCGGUGUACGAGGUGCACGAUUGGUGGCAAGAGCAGGUGAUUUGCACGCUCUACAGCGAUGAUGAAGGUUAGGUUUUGUAUUAAAUUGUGAAUUAAAUAGUAGGAAAAAGUAAACAAUCUAGGUAUAAGUGCGAUUAAAAAAUUAGUAAUUAUAACAUGGGAUACUAUGAUUAGUAAAUUAAUGUGAUUGAUGUAAAUGUUACAUUUUACCGUUAAAUUGUUGUCUUUGCCAAGCACAAUGCCAAAUUUACAGACACAAAUUAUAAUAUAGUCAAUGAUAGAUAAUAUACAGUUAUUGUUUCAUGAGUUGGAUACUUAUAGACAAUAUUAUAAGAUAAUAUUUAAUGUGUAUUAAAACAUACUUUGGUGUAUUAACUUUGUAAUAAAAAUAUGUUGAAUAAUUGGA